CACAGACUAAAUCCAUGUGUUUACUGUUUUGAAUUUGAGGGUUUUGAUUGUUUUAUAUUUCCAUGUUUUUGUCGCGAUUCAAGAUAUAUAUAACAAAAAAAUUGUAAUAAUUUAAGUUUAAGAUUUCUAAGCUUUAAAGAAGAUAUCGCAUUUCCUUUUUCUUAUAAAAUUUCCAAAAUGCAGUGUCAACUUUGGAUGGGCAGUUUGGAGCCGAAUAUGACGGAAAGUUUUAUAUUAGCAGCAUUUCAUAGGAUGGGACAGAGGCCGCUUGCUGUUAAGGUUAUGAGAAAUAAAUUUACUGGAGAACCGGCCGGUUAUGCUUUUGUGCACUUCCAGACAGAUGAAGAAGCAAUUGAUACAAUGCACAAAUUAAAUGGCAAACCAAUACCUGGCACUUUUCCUGUAGUUAGGUUCAGGUUAAAUACUGCAUCGCGUGAGGCCCGGGCCAACAUGCAACAAGAAAGAGAAUUUUCUGUAUGGGUUGGAGACCUCAGUCCAGAUAUAGAUGAUUACUCUUUGUACAGAGUAUUUGCAUCUAAAUAUUCAUCAAUCAAAACAGCUAAAGUAAUAUUGGAUAAUGCUGGUUAUACAAAAGGCUAUGGCUUUGUUAGAUUUGGGAAUGAGGAUGAACAAAGAAAUGCAUUAUAUGCAAUGAAUGGUUAUACAGGGCUUGGGACUAAGCCACUUAAAAUAUGUACUGCAGUGCCUAAACCCAAGAGUGCUAUAACUACACAGGCCACAACACCCACUACAUCAAAUACAUCUUAUGCAUCAGGGACAGAAUACAAUCAAUACUAUGACCCAUCAGCAUAUUGGCAAAAUUACUCAGCAUGGUCAGGCUAUUAUGGACAAAGUGAUAAUACACAGGUAGCAGCCACAACUACACCAGUUGUAGACACGGCCCAAGCAGCUGCCGCUAAAGCACAAAGUGAUGACCUUGUCCUUGUUGAACAUAAAAAAGCUAUUGAUGUGGACAAAUUAAAUCAAGAUUUCCUAGAUCCUGAUCUAUCUUUGUGGGAUGCACUGGAAGCCUCAAAAUGGUGCCCACAUGAAGUUAUAGAAGCAAACUGAUAGUUUUAAGUAAACUUGCUUAAGCCAUAAUUAAUGGAAAAAUCAUAUGGGAAUCAAAAGCAUCUAUCUUCAUGAUUGAUUUAAUAUUAAUUUUAAGCAGAUAAGGAUUUAGGUUAAAAAUUUAAAAAAAAUCCU